AGUGAAGCGGUACUGGGAGGGAAGUGGAGGCGUCCAUCAAACCCAACGUGCCGACUCUUUCAAGUCACUUUCCUCCGAGCAUCCGGGGACGGGAAGGCGGCGAAACAUGGCUGCUCUAUCAGCCUGGUUCUGGAACGAGAGGUUCUGGCUGCCGCACAACGUAACCUGGGCGGAUUUGGCGGACCCCGCUCCCGGGGUGGAGUAUCCCAAACCUGGACACUUGUUGGCGGCUUUACCGCUGGCUCUGGGGAUUUUCGUUGUCAGGAUAUUCUUCGAAAGAUUUAUAGCCAGUGCCUGCGCCCGAGCUCUCCACAUUCAGGCAGGUGCUGGAAGGAGAGCCCAGCCCAACGCGGUGCUGGAGAAGGUGUUCACCUCCAUCACCAAGAAUCCAGACUCUCGCCAUCUGGAUGGCCUGUCGAAGCAGCUGGACUGGGAGGUGCGAAAAGUCCAGCGUUGGUUCAGGCACCGCAGGAAUCAAGACAAACCCAGCACACACACAAAGUUCUGCGAGAGCAUGUGGAGAUUUUCAUUUUAUUUGGGGAUAUUUAUUUACGGGAUCCAGUUUCUGUGGCAGACGCCUUGGAUGUGGGACACACGACAUUGUUGGUACGGUUACCCCUAUCAGGUCAUGACUCCGGGUCUUUAUCACUACUAUAUAACCGAGCUGGCCUUCUACUGGUCGCUUAUGUUUUCCCAGUUCACGGACAUAAAAAGGAAGGACUUCCUCAUCAUGUUCAUUCAUCACCUAGCAACAGUGAGCCUCAUUAGCUUUUCGUACGCCAACAACAUGGCUCGGGUGGGGAGUCUCGUGCUGUGCGUCCAUGAUGCCUCUGAUUUCCUGCUUGAGGCAGCAAAGAUGGCGAACUAUGCGAAAAGCCAGCGGGUGUGUGACUUCCUCUUCAUUCUGUUCAGUGUGGUAUUCUACAUCACACGGCUUGUUAUAUUUCCAAUAUGGGUCCUGAACUCUACUAUGUUUGAGAGCUGGGCCAUCGUCGGACCGUAUCCAUCCUGGUGGCUCUUCAACGUCCUGCUGCUUAUUCUCCAAGUGAUGCACAUCUUCUGGUCUUACCUCAUAUCCCGCAUAGCUUACAAAGCCAUAAUGCGAGGCAAGGUGGGUAAUGAUGUUCGUAGCGACAUCGAGAGCAGCUCAGAUGAAGAAACUGACAACACUGAAGGCCACAAGCGCUCUGCUCACAACAGCAAGGGAGAAAACGGCACCAACGGCCACUGCGCCACAGCAAAACCUCGAACGCACAACCACACCAGCUGGUGACGAGGAGCUGGGAGCGCCCCCUGCAGCUCAUUCCUUCACAGCAUCUCCAAGAGCUUUGUCCGCCUGGCCUGCAAGGCUCUCCCACAUCCACGUAUAUUUACACUGACAGCGUGCACGCACCGAUUCAUGCUCCUGAACAGGAUGGAUGUGCGGACACUGACUGCGUUGGCUGUAGAGAGCUGCGUGAAGACGCGGUUCUCUACAGACGACGUGCAAAAAUCGAAUCAAGCUCUUAUUUCUCCAGGCAGUGAGACUGAGUUUGCAGAGAUUGGUCGUUUUAAAUGUUCUCUCCCAGUUUUAUUGGUCAGAUGAACUUUUUAUUUUGUCUUGAAGGGUUUGUUCACAACAGUUUGCACGGAGUAAACAUUCCCCAGCAAAUAUCAGUCA